UUGUAAACAUUAGACUUGCUCGUGUUCAGAUAUCAAGAUGUUACCGAAAAUACUUUGUCGUGGAACAAUUGACCGUCUGUCACAUUUACCUUCCCCAUUCUGAAAUACUUAUUUGACGCGCCUCAAAUUGUGUCAGUGCCCUAGCCAGCUAGCUAGCCUGGGUGUUGUGUACAGCUCUUUGUGUGAGAUGGGGGACGAUCGACCUUUUGUGUGCACCGCCCCAGGCUGUGGCCAGAGAUUUACUAAUGAAGACCAUCUAUCAGUCCACAAACACAAGCAUGAGAUGACCCUGAAAUUUGGUCCUGCCAGAACUGACUCCGUCAUCAUUGCAGACCAGACCCCCACACCCACCCGCUUCCUGAAGAACUGUGAGGAGGUGGGUCUGUUCAACGAGCUGGCCAGCUCCUUCGAGCAGGAGUUCCGGAAGGCCCAUGAGGAUGACCAAAGGAACAAAAACCCGGUGAGGCUCACGGCCUCCCAGCUUCCAGCCCCACCCCUACAGACCCCCUCUGGGGUGAAAGAGGAGGAUGAGGGGCCUCUGGAGGUUGACUCCUCCCCCCCAGGCAGUCCUGACUCCACCUCCAGCAUGUCGGACAGCAGCAAAGAGCCAAUGGUGAGAGGAAAGGAGACUCCUCCUCCACGGCCGGUGGUGAGCGCUGCCCCCACGCCAACUAUCGUACGCCCAGGGUCCCUUCCCAUUCACCUUGUUUACGACCCCCUGCACCCGACUCUGCCCUCGCCAACCUCUGUCAUCACACAAACCCCGCCCUCCAACAGACAACUGGGCUCCCCGACAGGUUCCUUCCCGCUGGUAAUGCAUCUCCCCAACGGACAGACGGUCCCUCUCCUCCCCAGCCCAAAUAUGACCUCAGUCAUAUCUCUGGCGAGGCCAUUUAAUAUGGUGCCCAACAUCCCUGGGAUUCCAGGCCCUCCGAUUGGUGGGACCAGCAGUGGCUCCUCCUCCCCAUCUGGGUAUAGUCUACACUCAGAGGCCAAGAUGAGGCUGAAGGCAGCGCUGACCCAACAACAGCAGCAGCAUGGCCCGGGGGCUCAAAACGGGGCUGGAGAGGGUCCAGGGGGGGCAGGUUCCAGCCCCACUGUCCCCCAGAGACAUGAGCAGAGCCAGCAGCCCUCGCAGCACUCUGACACCCCCUCUCCCGCACAGCCACAGCAAACCAGCAGUGGCUCCUCCUCUCCAUUUGGGUAUAGUCUACAUUCAGAGGACAUGAUGGUGUCCCCAGCCCAGCCCACGGGUGGUAGGAGGCGGCGGGGUGCAGAGGUUGACCCAGACGAGAGGAGGCAGCGCUUCCUGGAGAGGAACAGGGCGGCGGCUUCUCGCUGCCGACAGAAACGCAAGGUGUGGGUCGGCUCUCUGGAGAGGAAGGCAGAGGACCUGGCUACCAUGAAUGUUUCUUUGACCAAUGAAGUGGGUCUGCUGAGGAACGAGGUGACCCAACUGAAACAGCUGCUGCUGGCCCACAAAGACUGCCCUGUCACUGCCAUGCAGAAGAAGUCUGCCUACAUAGCUGCAGGAGUAGAGGAGAACUCCAGGGACCCCCCCUCUGAGCCUAUGGGCUCCCCAGCCCCGGUUAUCCAGCAUGGGCCUUCGCCCCUUGCCCCCAGCCCUGGGGCCAACACCGUCAACGGGCUGAGCGUCCGCGCGGCUGAGGCAGUAGCCAUGUCGGUCCUGGCCGGCAUGGGGGCGGCCCAGCAGGGAGGGGUCCUCAUGGCCACACAGCCGCAGCCCGCCCCCAGAUGAUGAGCAGGCGCAGGGAGCCAGUAAGAACUCUACAUUGGGCUUUACGAGGCUGGACUGGCACAAUGAUGUGUGCAAGAGAUUGAAAGAGAGAAAGGGACCUGAUUUGAAAUUUGAAAUUCCACCUGUUGAUAGUACUUCUCACUCCCCUCCCCAUCUAUCUCCAUCCUAUGCUCUAUGACCUUGGACACACUGAUAGCCUCACAGCCAAUGAUAAUCACUGAACAGUAGUCCUGCCUCUUGGGCCCAUUUUCUGAUUGAUCCUAGCUUGGAUGCACUGUCACUGUACAGUUGAAGUCGGAAGUUUACAUACACUUAGGUAGGAGUCAUUAACUUGUUUCUCAACCACUCCCAAAA